AUGCUCUCUCUAAAGCACUCGUACAAAAAACAGUUGACUCCCUUGAAUGUUCUCGGUUAUAACGAACCGCCAGUCGGUUAUAACGAACCGCCAGUCGGUUAUAACGAACCGCCAGUCGGUUAUAACGAACCGCCAGUCGGUUAUAACGAACCGCCAGUCGGUUAUAACGAACCGCCAGUCGGUUAUAACGAACCGCCAGUCGGUUAUAACGAACCGCCAGUCGGUUAUAACGAACCGCCAGUCGGUUAUAACGAACCGCCAGUCGGUUAUAACGAACCGCCAGUCGGUUAUAACGAACCGCCAGUCGGUUAUAACGAACCGCCAGUCGGUUAUAACGAACCGCCAGUCGGUUAUAACGAACCGCCAGUCGGUUAUAACGAACCGCCAGUCGGUUAUAACGAACCGCCAGUCGGUUAUAACGAACCGCCAGUCGGUUAUAACGAACCGCCAGUCGGUUAUAACGAACCGCCAGUCGGUUAUAACGAACCGCCAGUCGUCGGUUAUAACGAACCGCCAGUCGGUUAUAACGAACCGCCAGUCGGUUAUAACGAACCGCCAGUCGGUUAUAACGAACCGCCAGUCGGUUAUAACGAACCGCCAGUCGGUUAUAACGAACCGCCAGUCGGUUAUAACGAACCGCCAGUCGGUUAUAACGAACCGCCAGUCGUCGGUUAUAACGAACCGCCAGUCGGUUAUAACGAACCGCCAGUCGGUUAUAACGAACCGCCAGUCGGUUAUAACGAACCGCCAGUCGGUUAUAACGAACCACCAGUCGGUUAUAACGAACCGCCAGUUGGUUAUAAUCAAUCGUCAGUUGGUUAUAAUCAAUCGUCAGUCAGAUAA